GUGCGCGGACGCUAUACAUCUAAUAUUGCCAUGUGUGUGUAGCCAAGUGUCAGCUACAUCUAGUGACAUGCGCGACGGUUUUAUUGCCAAUUGCUCAUUACAUGUAUUUUUUGCACGUUUGUUUACGGAAUAGCUCUACAUUCAAGUGCAUCGGUUGUUAUGUAACACCAAAGACCUUUUGAACUGUGGAAUUUACACUUCGAGUGCAGACAAUUUGCGUUGUUUGUCGGCCGAAAUUUUUGACUUUUACUUUCGCGCGACCCCUCAACUCACCGCAACUCCUUCACGAACCGGUGACAACCGUCCGCCGACGUCGCUCAGUGUUUUGACGGUGCGGUGACACUCGGCCGGCAUGCCCGCGGACGCCGUCGUGUUCUAAGAAGUCGGAGCGAAGAAUAAAGCCCAAAUACUUGUUUGUUAAUAUUCCGCGAGUGAAUUUUGUUGUAUGUUUUUGGUGUGAGCCGACGGACCCUGGAUAACCGUGUCAAGAUACUCCGUCUCAGCGGUCCUGCCGUCACUGCAGAUGGGAGUGUUUGAAGAGAGGCCUUCUUACACGCCCGGGAUGCAUUGGGUAAGGAGCCUUCCAACAAAUCCAUGCAAAAUAAGGAAAUUGCAGCAGCACGAGCAAUACAUAGGCCCGGCGUAUGACCCAUCCCGCGACCUCUCGCCGAACCUCCCCUCGUGCGACUCGUCAAUGGGGGACGUAGACCCCAGCAUCUCAAGCGGCAGUUCUUGCAGCACGCCCUCCAACAACAACCACCAGUCCUGCGGCUCGGACAUCUGCAGGCCGCCGCCGACGUCGUCGUCCCAUCUGCCGCCGCAUCCGCCCCAAUCGGUCACGCCGGCGGAGCUCUGCAGGCCCCACUCGUCCUUCGAGCAUCACAUACCAAAGUUAGAGCCCCUGCAGCCGAACUCGCCGCCGACACCCCCGUCGAACUGCACGGAAGACGGCACCGCGAUCUGUGCGGGGUGCGGACUGAGGAUCACCGAUAGGUUUUAUUUGCAGGCGGUGGACAGGAGGUGGCACGCCACCUGCCUCCAGUGUUGCCAGUGUCGGAACACUUUAGACGGUGAAAUUACUUGUUUUUCCAGGGACGGGAAUAUUUAUUGUAAGAAGGAUUAUUAUAGAUUAUUCGGAAUGAAACGCUGCGGCCGAUGCCAGGCCACCAUCCUCUCCUCGGAGCUGGUGAUGAGGGCGCGCGAGCUAGUCUUCCACGUGCACUGCUUCUCGUGCGCGGUGUGCAACUCGCACCUGACCAAGGGCGACCACUUCGGCCUGAGGGACGGCGCGGUCCUGUGCCGGCUCCACUUCGAGAUGCCCAUGGCGGAACCGGUGCCGUCCGGCAUGUUCACGCCCGGCCUCCACCACUACCCGCCGCCGUUCCCCAGCCCGGAGUUCCACCAUCACGCGUCGGGGCCGCCCCCCGCCGCCGAUCCCGUCGGCAAGGUGCCCUUCUUCAACGGCGCGCCCACCACACCGCGGCAGAAGGGCCGGCCGCGGAAGCGCAAGCCCAAGGACCUCGAGGGGAUGACCGCCAAUCUAGAUUUAAAUUCAGACUACUUGGACAUGACCUUUGGACGUUCUCCAGGUACUCCCGGAAUGCACGGCUCCAAUCAAAGGACGAAACGAAUGAGAACAUCUUUCAAGCAUCAUCAGCUGAGGACGAUGAAAUCGUACUUCGCAAUCAAUCACAAUCCUGACGCGAAGGACCUGAAGCAACUGUCGCAGAAGACUGGAUUGCCCAAGAGAGUUUUGCAGGUGUGGUUCCAAAACGCCAGGGCGAAAUGGCGACGGAUGAUGCUGAAACAGGAAGGUAAAUCGGGCGACAAGUGUUCGGGUUCGGAGAGUAUGAGCGACAUGGACAUGUACCCCCAUGGUCCGGGUUCGAUGGGUAGUAGCAUCUCGAUGGCGCCCCACAGUCCGUUCAACAUGCAUCCCGGCAGCCCGUCGUCGCUAGACUGUUCAUGAAAAAAUCAACUUUCAUUGGGAUUUGGUGACCGAAACGACGUUGGGUUGUGUACGUGAAAUAAAUCAAAGAGAUGUAAACUGAAAUGUUCGGAACAGGAAUUGCUGGAAAUUAUCUUUGAGACUGAGGUUUAAGGGAACAUUUAUUUAACUUUUAAUUAUUUAUUAUUAUUAGUCGGCACAAAAAUUAUUAUAUAUAGCAUUUCAAAAUGUCACAUUUUAAAUUAUUUAUUUUUUAAAAAUUAAUCUAUUUUUAAAAUCAUUAAUAAAUUCCUGCCAACAUUUCAGUUUAUUAUUAAAUUCGUUAAAAAUCACGUGAAGUAAACAAGUAUUUAUUUCUGGUGACUACGAUUGUGAUGAAAUUGAUUUGCUACAUAAUGUUAUGUUUUACUUUAAUGAUACUAUUGUAAUUUGUAUAUUUAGGAAGUGGUUUGUACUUAUUGAAUAGAAUAAUUAUGUUUAAUUCGUCGAGGACAUACUACACAAUUUUGUUGUAUUACGAACUCAAUUCUAGUCUCUGGGUUAAAUUAAUAUAAUUACAGAAGAUUAAAAUUUCAAUAGAAUGUUUAUGUAUUUCUCUGUAUAACAUACUCGAAGUUGUGUAGGUUGCCCAAGUGGGACACAUUUCCUAUAAAAUAGUGCAAAAAUAGCAAGUACCUUAAUAAUUGUCCCAGUGUGAAAAAUGAUGAGCACUUUAUUAAAGUAAUAAUUCUGUAACAGACGUCUGACUGUGACAGUGAUUAAUAAUUUUUAACUUAUUAAAUUGUUCCUACAAAUAAUAUAAGUAUAAGAGCACUGUAUAUAAUAUAAAGUAUUUAUAUAAAUCUUUCGUUUUCUAUUCAAUAGUCUUCCUGUAUAAAAUACAAAGAGAGUAAUCACUAGCGUUUGAAAAUAAAAUUUUUAUAAAAUUUUACACUGAAUCUCAGUCAUAGUCUUCCUCCUGUUUGCCAAACAAUUUCAUUUUAAAUUUGUUUAAUGGAGGACAUUUUUACUUUUUCAUACACAAAUGUAAUUUAUAGUUUUCCAUAUUGGAUAAACACUAUUGAGUAAAUAUGUCUUCUGUACUUUCUAAUAAACACCUCGUGUUUAAAUUUGCAAGGAAAUACACAAUUUUUAAAUUAUUAAAAACUCAUUUCUUUGCAAAUGUGUAAGAAAGGAAGUCUAGUGUAAAUGGCUUUGAUGUAUGAUAGUGUAUGUUAGCGCUACCUCAAAAUUUAUUGUAAAUAAAGGUGGUAGCAUAUUCCUAUUAAUAAAUAACUGAUCAAUU